UUUGUCUUUUAGGUUAACUAACGUAUAGUACAUUACAAGAAACUGAUACGGGCUUUUAAUAGGCUAGUGUGUCGGUAUAGGCCCAUUAGUAAACAGAAGAAGCUUUUAAUCAAUCCUCUUGCGGAGAAACUUUGGGAAGAGCCGAAGAGAAGUCGAGGUCUCUCUAUCUCUCUCUUUCGUACACUUCGCGCUUCUCUUCCUGUCAGAGGCGUUUCUCAUGGCUCCUCUUACUCUCUCCGUUGAUGUGAAGAGCUCUUCAGCGACCUCUCAUGAUGUUUCGAAGAGGGUAAUGCAGAGUUCACAGCUCAAAAUAAACAAAGGCUUUUUUGCAUCUGUUAAUACACAAGAAGAUAAACCCUUUGAUUUCUUCCGCACUCUCUUUGAGGGGUUUAUAGCAGGAGGUACAGCUGGAGUUGUAGUUGAAACAGCUUUAUACCCAAUUGAUACUAUUAAGACUAGACUUCAGGCAGCUCGUGGAGGUGGAAAAAUUGUUUUGAAGGGUCUUUAUUCAGGAUUAGCUGGAAAUAUCGCUGGUGUCUUACCGGCUUCGGCUUUAUUUGUUGGAGUUUACGAACCCACAAAGCAGAAACUGCUGAAGACCUUUCCUGAUCAUUUAAGCGCAGUUGCUCACCUGACUGCAGGGGCCAUCGGUGGACUUGCUGCAUCUCUGAUUCGAGUGCCUACAGAGGUUGUGAAGCAAAGAAUGCAGACCGGACAGUUUACAUCAGCUCCCAGUGCUGUUCGAAUGAUUGCAUCAAAAGAGGGAUUUAGGGGUCUCUAUGCAGGAUACCGGUCCUUCCUUUUGCGAGAUUUGCCAUUUGAUGCUAUACAGUUCUGCAUAUAUGAGCAGCUUUGCUUGGGGUAUAAAAAAGCCGCGCGUAGAGAGCUUAGUGAUCCUGAGAACGCUCUAAUCGGUGCAUUUGCUGGUGCUCUGACCGGAGCAGUCACCACUCCGCUUGAUGUUAUUAAGACAAGAUUAAUGGUUCAGGGAUCAGCCAAACAAUAUCAAGGAAUCGUUGACUGUGUUCAAACAAUUGUAAGAGAGGAAGGAGCUCCUGCUCUCUUAAAGGGUAUUGGGCCAAGAGUGUUGUGGAUAGGUAUUGGAGGAUCAAUCUUCUUUGGUGUCCUCGAGAGCACUAAGAGAACACUUGCACAGAGACGUCCCAAUACGGUUAAAGAAACCAAAGAAGAAUAAGUUUCUGGCCGCACAAGAAAAUGAGUGUAAGGUGACAAUGUAACCCCUUUGUGAGUUCUAUGUGGUGUGAGUUUGUUUAAGUACCAAUUCAACUUUCAUUAAAAAAAAAUAAAAAAAUUAGUGUUCAUUUUAGAUUAUAUAAUUUCUUGAUUAUUUAUAUCUGACAUUUAAAAAUUGCUUCUUCUUUGUUUUAAAACUAAAAUGUGGUGAGUGAUUGCUGUUAGGCUCUGCAGUUUCUGUUGUAUCGUAGCCUCUU